GUUUUUCUGGCUGGUUCACUGUCGCCCAUCUGCUUUACUGCACCUGACAAAUGAACUGAUUCAUCUUUCACAGGGUUAACAAUGAAAAGGAACAGCGUUUAUAAGUUUUUGUCCGUGUUUUCUUGCCUAAUUGUCUGUGUUUUUCUUUUGUUUUGGGUUUUUGUCUUUUAUUCGAUGGUUUUGGCACCAUAAGACUCUUUUGGACAUUCUCAUUAACGCAACGCAAGAGGUUUGGCAGCAUCUAACCCGUUUAAACGGCUGUUUAACGCCAACAUUUGCUCAUCGUUUAUAAUUGCGGGAUAGUAUGACGCUUUGAAACAUUUAUAACUUAACACAAAAGCGUUUCUGCUAACACUGUUCUCAAGUCAAACCCUGAGCGUGUUUUAAAGAUCACAAAGUGUUAAAGAUAAUUAGCAUUUCCUAGUCGUUACACCAGCGAAAACUGCACCACGUCUUUCACGCUGCCGGUACUUUGCUUUUAAAAUUAAUUUUUAAGUCAUUUGUAAACUCUAGCUCCGUUGGAAUACAAAAACAAACCGACUGCGCAUGCGUUUAGGAUGACCGUGAUCACAUGACGCCGACCAGGAAGUGCUUGUCUGUGUGUGAAGAAUCAAAACAUCAGUCCUGAUGGCAGCUGAAUCGACGGCGAGAGGCACAGCUGCCCCGAAGCUGCAGUUUGCCCCGUUCUGCAGUGCCCUGGAGGCGGGAUUCUGGCAUCAGCUGACCCAGAAGAAACUCAACGACUACCACUUAGACGAAAGUCCAAAAAACAUUAAAGGCUAUUACUAUAAUGGUGAUGCUGUUGGCUUGCCGACACGCUUGACACUGGAGUUCAGCGCAUUUGAUGCUGAUGGACCCACACCUGCUCGCUGCUGUCCAGCUCCUGGAACUCUCUACAACACCAACACAUUAGAAGCCUUCAAAUCCACUGACAAGAAGGCUCUCCUGGAUCAAGCAGCCAAUGAGAUUUGGAGCGCUAUUCAGUCAGGCGCUGCGGUGAACGACUCCUCAAUUCUAAACAAAUUCAUCCUCUUGACAUUUGCGGAUCUAAAGAAAUAUCAUUUCUAUUAUUGGUUCUGCUUUCCUGCCCUUUGCUUUCUGGAGGGAGUCCAACUGCUGCAGGAGCCGCUGUCAUUAGAGAAGAGUUUCUCUGACAAACAGAUAUUGAGCUUGCAAGCGGCGUAUGACAGUCUCUGCGCCUCAAGCGGUACGACGGCAGUCCCGCAUUUCUUGCUCAAGUACACAGAUGAAAGUGUUGAAGUCGCUCCUCUGAAAGACUUGAACUCCUUCUUCCCAGACCUAAAGAAGAUUACUGUGGGUGUGUAUGAUCCAUGCUCACUGCCUCAACAUCCGGGCUGGCCGCUCAGAAACCUCCUCAUCCUCCUCGCAAAAAAAUGGGGUUCACAGCUGGAUGUUCUGGAGGUUUUGUGCUUCAGAGACAGAACUCUACAAGGGACCCGCUCCGUUCGGCACAGCAUCAUCUUCAGGGUCAAGCUCCCAGACCUCACGACUUCUGCAGUAUGUCCAAAGAGCGUGGGUUGGGAGAAGAACCCGAAAGGGGCGAUGGGACCCAGAAGUGUCAAUCUCAGCGAAUGUAUGGACCCUAAAAGGCUGGCUGAGUCAUCUGUCGAUCUUAACCUGAAGCUGAUGCGUUGGAGGCUGGUCCCGUCUCUGGAUCUGGAUAAGGUCGUGUCGACGAGGUGUCUGUUACUGGGAGCUGGAACUCUGGGCUGCAAUGUGGCAAGAACACUGAUGGGCUGGGGUGUGAGGCACAUCACUUUUGUGGACAACGCAAAGAUCUCCUACUCGAACCCGGUGCGACAGCCGCUCUAUGAGUUUGAAGACUGUCUGAGCGGAGGGAAGGCGAAAGCUCUCGCCGCGGUGGAAAGACUAAAGAAGAUCUUUCCUGGUGUGAAUGCGGAGGGCUACAACAUGAGCAUCCCAAUGCCUGGCCAUCCGGUGAACUUUUCCGAGUUGACAAUGGCUCAAGCUCGGCAGGAUGUGGAACAGCUGGAGAGGCUUAUCUCUGAACACGAUGUGGUCUUCCUGUUGAUGGACACUCGUGAGAGCCGCUGGCUUCCGACAGUCAUCGCUGCUAGCCAGAGAAAGUUGAUAGUUAACGCUGCUCUGGGAUUCGACACGUUUGUGGUAAUGAGGCACGGCCUUAAGAAACCCAAAGAGUCACAGUCUGAGGAGUCCAGCCCCAUGUCUGCUUCCUCCAACUCCUCGUCUUCCUCCACACCGGCAGCCACCAUCACACCAGGAGCGUCUUUAUUCUCCAACAUACCGGGACACCGUCUUGGCUGCUACUUCUGUAAUGAUGUGGUCGCCCCUGGAGAUUCCACCAGAGACAGGACUCUGGACCAGCAGUGCACAGUGAGCCGUCCUGGUCUGGCCAUGAUCGCUGGAGCCCUGGCUGUGGAGCUGAUGGUGUCUGUACUCCAGCACCCUGAGGGAGGUUACGCUGUGGCCAGCAGCAGUGAUGACCGGAUGAAUGAACCUCCAACCUCACUAGGUCUCGUCCCCCAUCAGAUUCGGGGAUUCCUGUCAAGAUUUGACAACGUCCUUCCUGCAAGUUUGGCGUUCGACAAAUGCACUGCAUGCUCAUCAGUAGUUCUUGAGAAUUAUGAGCGAGAAGGUUUCCAGUUCCUUGCGAAGGUCUUCAACUCAUCCCAUUCCUUCCUGGAGGAUCUGACAGGCUUGACUUUACUCCAUCAGGAGACACAGGCAGCUGAGAUCUGGGACAUGAGUGACGAUGACAGCAUCUGAAGGACUCUGGGUCAAACUUCAUUGGCCGUGACUUUCAUGGCAGCUUGUCUGUGAUCGUGUACUCACUGUUAAGUGAACAGUCUCAUACAGUCACCUCACUGCACAUGUAUCUUUCAUCAUGUUCUUGUUGAAAUAUUUGUCUUAAGCAUUCACACCAAAUCACAUUAUAUCUGUCUGUGGAUUAUAGAUGCCGUCAUUAAAGAAACUCAAACUGAUGCAGUGAUCGCUCUGGUCUGGUCCAGUGUUGUUCUGUCCUAAAGUGACAGUGAACCCAAAUAACUCGUCCUCAUGUCGUUCCAAACCCAUCAGACUUUCGUCCAUCUUCAAAACAAAUGCAUUUAUUGUUAAUGAAACCUGCAAUUUCUGUCCUUCCAUUGAAACUUUCAUACGUUAAAACAUACAAAGAGAUCCUAAAAUGAAUCCAUAUGAAUGGAGCAGUGUUAUUGAUCGCUUUAUAUGAUGGAGAGAUUACAUUUAGGCUAUAAUAUUUUACAAAUUUUGAUCAGCGCACAAACACAGCACAUCACAUGGUAAAUACUCAACAGUGCGGUUCAUCUCAAGUGAUCAUAUUUAUAUGGAACAACAUGAGAGUGAUUUUUGGGUGAACUAUCUUUUUUAAAGUCAUGCGUUCAAGUAUUUGUCCACUGGACAGUUUUUGGGAAAACUUUCAUAAUGUUAGAAUAAUAAACUAUUAUUCUUAUUCUUAUUACCUAGAGGAAAAAAGUUUUUUUUUUUUUUUUUUUUAAUUUAGUAUUUUUUUUGUGUCAUUACAUUGUUUAGAGCGUAAGAAGAAAACAUUUUUGAAAAAUUAUAUUUUAUUCAUAUAAUAUGCUGUGUCCUCAUAAGUUUAAAAAAAAAGACAUGUAUAGGGAAAAACAAUGGGAUUUUUUUUUUUUCAUUCACCUUUUUUUUUUUUAACCAAACUUUGUCUAAAGAUGAUUCUCCACUAUGUUAUGAAAGAUAUAACAGAAUGAAUUUAUACUAUUUUACUUUAUGCAAAAUGUAUGUAAAAUGGCCAUGCAUGGGUUUUCCCAUUCAAUGCAAUGUAUCUAUACACUAUCUAAUUUGCAUAUUAACGCGUUCUUGGAGCAACAUGCAAUGAAAAAAAGAAGUGUAAUAAUGAGAGUAAUAGUUGGCAACAUUUUCAUAAUAUAGCAUGAAAUCAAUGCCCUGUUUUGUAACAGUCAUAUUUUGAUUUGAAACCCAUAACAUUUUCCUGAGAUGUUGAUUUAAAUAAUUACAAAAUAAUGUUUUCCAUAAGAUUGCUAAAUUUGAUCAUUCAGUCAUUUUUAAAGCAGAAGUUGUUGUCUUGGUUAAACCUCCAAACAUUUGGUAUCUCUGAAAAGCCCUGAAUGUGCUCUUUACUAAAAUAUAAUGUCAGUGGGACCCAGGAGGUGAAAGCAUGUUUAGUGUCGUAAUGUUCAUUGGUAUCAGGGUCUUCAGAGGUCAAUGCCGAUGCAAACACACCUGAACUGGACGACACUGCUGCAGGUGUUUCAGCUCCGAACUCCUGGAUCAGGAACAAAGAUCUGUACUGGACAUCCAGUCACUCAACAUAACGUCUGCGCUACAUCAAUACGCUGUAAAUGUCUAGUAACAUGGGAUUUCUCACAAUAAACAUGGAAUAUAUUCACACAGUA